UAUAAUUUACGGACCGUUAUCAAGUCAAAUAACGAAGAAUUAUAUAGUCCUCCUCUACGCUCCGGACUAAUUAGUUAUUUAUUACAUAUCUUUCAUUCAAUCUCCAAAUUGGUCAAACAACAAGAUUUUGUGGAUACUGUGGCAAAAAGUCAUAUUCUUGCAAAUGAAAAUUUUCUUUUGGUUCAAAAAUUACAAUUUACAACUAUUUUUGUUCUCAUUUUCGUUGUUGCUACAGCAGCAAUAUCUAUUAAAGAUGAAUUAUGUGCAAAUGUACGAUCGCCGAAUCGACGUUCAGUUCGUCAUUUAAGGGAUUCUCCAUCUACUCACAAGACGAAUGCGGCCAAACUACCAUCGCAGGAAUGUUCAACUGAAGAUUUGAGUGAUGGGAGCACAGAACCACAUUUCCGAAAUCGAUUUGGAUUGUUUUGGGGAUGGUAUUCUUUCCCACAAAUUGGUAAAAAUAGCAAACGUAAUUGUAGUGCAAAUAAACGUCGUGACGGUAAUAAUGCUAUGAUUGUUAAAGCACAAGCGAGUGUUAAUAAUUUGCUAAGAUAA